AUGCAGAGCGAGAUUGCCUCAUAUCAGGCUGGCUCUCCGCACUCUGGCUUGUCGCAAAGCCGCAGCGUCCAGAAUCUCGGCCAGCUGGAGAGCCCAGCCAUGUCAGGGCCUCUCUCAAGUCCGCGCCAUCCAGGAAGCGGCCACAUCGAGCAAUGGAGCCCAGCUCACUCGCAAAUCACCCACUCACACAGCUUUCGUGGACCCUAUUCAGGACCCGGAUUUCAGACCCCUCAGAUGCAGCAGUUCAGUCCGACGCUCACAUCGCCCGCGCAAUCGCAAUACUCACCACAGGCGCACUUUGGGUCGCACUCGUCUGGUAUGAGUACUUUAUUCUCCCCUUCAAUCGAGACCACGCAGCAUUUCAACGCUUCGGCCGGUCACCCUACGGACGGCUUCGAGAUCACCGGCUUCAGCGAACAGCGUCUCUCAUCGGCGCUGGCCAACAGCGCCACUCUCAGCUCGGGCCCUCCGUCGGCAGCGCUGCAGCGCGAAGGUCACAGCACACCCACCAUCGUAGAAGAGGAAGAGGACGCACCACAGGGCGAUGGCCGCUCGAUGAUCUCGAGACACGCACACUCUCACUCUCACUCCGACUUUCGCUUCGAACACGGCUUCCAGCCGCAUCCUCUGCAUCAUUCGCAGCACCCGCAACAUCAGCAGCAUCAGCAACCCUUAUCGCAUCACCAAUCGCACCCGCACGCACAACCACAUCCGGCUCAGCAAUAUGCGGCCAAUCCGCCUCCACCCGUCUUGCAGCGGUCCCGGUCGGAUCAGAUCCAGGGCCUGGCCAUGGAGGCGCCACCGACCUUCCGCAAUCACAUGCCCUAUCCGCCCAACAUGCGACCCAGCCUGUACCAGCAGGUCUCGAUGGCCGAGAUGAAUCAACUGCGCCAGGUUCACGGCUUGGGUGUCACCGAAACGAGCUUUGGCGAUUGCUCGUCUUUCAUUGAAGACUACGUCCGCCAGUACAUCUCGACUCCCAGUCGACUCGGCCUCGGUGAGAGAAACGUUCUUAUCAUGACGACGAGGGUUGCACAGAAGAGCUAUGGUGCCGAAAAGCGAUUUUUGUGCCCGCCGCCUCUGGUGAUUUUGAUCGGAAGCAGUUGGUGGAACGUUUGCCCCGCUUCCACGCGUCCUUCGCCCUUCGCGCCCGCCGGGGGGGUCGAUGCCGAUCAAGCGGCUCCGACGGUGCUUUCGCCGCCUCGCGUCACCAUCAAUAUUAGCGGGGAACCGGGCAUUCAGGAUGGUGCGCUCGAGUGGGCCUCGAGCAGCGGUCGCCUUAUCGACGUCGGCAAUCCAUCUUCGGAGAUGGCCAUCUCUGGUCGAUGCAUCGGCAAGCAGCUCUACAUUUCGGACGUAGACGAGAAGAGGCGCCACGUCGAAGCGCUCGUAGCCAUCUCCGUGCCUGGAUCCUCGCCCAUGGAUCGACGUCUGCUUGGCACAUUCCCCAGCAGACCGAUCAAGGUGAUCAGCAAGCCCAGCAAGAAGCGACAAUCGUCGCGCAACACGGAACUCUGCGUCAAUCACGGCUCGGUCAUCUCACUGUUUCAUCGACUUCGAUCACAGACCGUGUCGACGCGCUACCUCUGUGUCUCGGGCGCACCGUCCUGGUUCAAAGGUUCCGACAACCAGCCCUUCCUUAACAUGAAUCCCCGCGAUCAGAAGGGCCAAGAGCCUCCGAGCUGCUUCGUCGCCAAAAUGUCGAGCUGGGACCCAUUCAUCAUCUAUCUCGUCGAUCCGAGCAAGCGCGCCGAUGCAACGCCCUCCGAACCUUUGCAGCCUCCUGUCAAGGGCUACCCACCACCACCGCCCAAUGCGCUGCCCACCGCGGGCCUGACCAGUUCGCAAAUGACGAUCCACUACAACCAACCGAUCGUGCUCCAGUGCCUCAACACUGCGGUGGUGAGUCCCGUCAUGGUGGUCCGCAAGGUGGAAAAGGGCACGACGGUGCUGGGUGGAGCGUUGGCGGGAACGACCGAAUCGAUAUCGCGCGAAGCAUUUGGCGAUCCCGUCUCACAGCUUCACAAGAUUGCGCUCGAAGUGCUCGAAGAUCCAACAGCCUCAGUACCGCGACCUACAGGCGAGUCGGGAGAGACCAUGUCGCCGGGCAGCAGCGGCCCUUUCCUUGCUUGUCUCAACGAGUCGGUGGGCAUGCAUCGACCGAGCGAGCCAAGGAAAUGGGCCGUGAGCAGCGGCUUCAGCGUGCCCUCGACGCCGACGACGCCCGUCACUUCGAUGAACCUGGCCGCGAUGGAGGGAGGCGAUCUGCCUCCGAGCGGUUAUCUACCCACCAGCCCCACCAGUGCAGCAGCGUAUGCAGCGGCGCAGACUCGCUAUUCUAUGAGCGCUGCCAGAGCAGGUCCUGCCAUGAUGUCGCCUUCGGUCUCGUCUUCGUCCCACGAUGUGUCUGCGAUGGAGCCACCGCCUUCGUCGGAUGGCGGCAAAGUCAAGCGACCGCGUCGCGUGUCUUCUUCCGUCGUUGUGCAGAAGGAACGAGCGGCAGCAGCCGCUGCCAGCAAGAACCGCCGACGUGGUCAAUCACUCUCGAUGGUUGGGAUCCAGAAUCAGGGCCUCUCGGAUGUUGAGAUGCUCCGCCGCUCCGGAUCUUACGCCAACUCGCUGACGUCGGACUCUUCAGCUGCUGGCAGCACGACACCGGGUGCCAUGUGGUCGGUCGAGGUGGCCGACUCGGACAUUUGGACGGUUGUGGGCACCGACAUUGCGCGUCAUUCGUUCUACGUGCCACCGCAGAUCGUUGGCGGCUCGCAGCCCAAGCACAACAUCACCGAUGGCAAUAUUGCGCAUCUCAUCACGGUACCUGCACCUGCGCAGCCUAUCACACCAAUUCCCAUCAUCACCAACGUGGUUGCGCCGCAGCGCGACGGCAGAUCGCCGAUGCCGGCGGCAUCCGGCGAUCAAAGUCAGGGCCUGGUGACCAUCUUGGGCGAGAACUUGCAUCCGAACUUGUUCAUCUUUUUCGGCGACUGGAAGAGCACGCAUGUCGAGGUGCGAACGCGCCAGACGAUUGUCUGCGCCGCCCCCCCUGCUUUCGAUCAAGGUCUUCCACGCGGCCGGGUGCCGAUCUUGAUUGUGCGACACGAUGGCGUCAUCUUCCCGACCGACUUUCAUUAUCAGUGUUGA